GUAUAAAAUUCUGAUUUUGAUAAUGUUUCAACGAAAUUUAAACCAAGAUUUAUCAAACUUUCUAAUGAUGAAAUCCUUUAAGCAUGCAAAACAGGAAUUAAACUUUCAUGUAGUAUGUAGUUUGCUUUUAAAUUUCAUUAUUGAAUUCGAAUUAAUAGAAAAAAAGACCUCUUUUGAUAAGUAUUCUUUAACACAUAAAGUUUGAAUCCUGUGGUAAAUUAAGCAAACUGGUAGGCAAAUUGACUAUAAUUAUGUUGCAUAAUGCAUACUCAUGUUAAGCAAUGUAUACUCAACAGCCAAUAUCUAAAAAAAUAGAUGUGCUUGAUAUUUUUGAAAAUGGUCAAUCGAUUCAGCAACCCCUAAUCAAAUACAUAGCAGUAUUUUGCUGCUUGAGACAACAACAACGACGCUCCACAGUGUUAUCCAAGACUUGUAAUGACCUUUUACCUUCAAAACCAUUUGGUCUUAAUCAUCAUAUAGUACAUUGAGAAUUAUCAAUAUACAGAAGGAAUUAUCAAAAAUAAUUCAUAAUUCCAAUCCCUGUAUUUUUUUUUUGUCCGUAAAAAUAAGAUUAUAUUGCUAAAGAAAAGCUUCGAAAGAAGCGGUGAAAGUAUUGAUUCUUCAUUCAAUGGCAUUAACAAUCAACCACCUUCCCCGUAAUGAUAAUGGACGGGUGGUAUUUCGCUCAAGGUUGCCCUCGUUGUCUUCUCCGUUGUUCUUCAAGUAGAUUUAUUGAGAUAGAUGCACAACGGAAACCGCCACCAAUGCUAUGUACCUAUUAGUAGUCCCUUGUCAGCAAAUAAAUCAGCCUUCUCAAGUAUACGAAACUAAUGUUCGAGCUUAGCAAAACUAUAAGACGAACCAUCUAACUUGCAUGCAACAUCCCCUCCAACUGUCUCCUGCAGUGGAGUACAAGGCAGCUCGAACACCCCCAACUCGAGUUCCCGGGCACCGGUUGGAUUUUCCUGCUGUUUCCAUGGCGGGCCAGAAAACAAAACUGAAAUACUUUUACAAGGUUUGACCGAGUGAUGGUGGCAAAAAAACAGCAGUUCAAUGUAAAAGCAUUUUCCGCGAUUUUGUUCCCGCUGUUUUGUCGCAAUUCGGAAGCAAUCGGAAUCUGGUGCGGAUUGCUUCACUCUCGAGACACUUCGAAAUCAUUUGGUCGCGUGGACAGGAAGUUUCUUUCUCUCGGGAUCGCCUUGUGAAAGUAAAAUCGAUGGAAAAAGUAAAAGUGAUAAGAAUCAAAUUAAUUCGGUAAAUAAGUCGCGGUAACCUGUGGUGGCCCACUUCGAGGGUGUAUAAAGUUUAAUUAGCUGAAACGCAGGGAGGGGAAGCAAAGAGAUAGACACAAGACACAAAAUCGUCGGAAAGAGACACAUCCAGGAAAGAAAGGGGGCAGAAAAGGCGCGCAAUGGCUACGAAAUCUUCGUCGGCGACAUUCGCAAUCGAAGCUCGUCCAUAUUCGGCGACAAGGCCAAUCAAGAGUGCCCCUCAGCUGCGGCCAGUUCCAGCAUUUUCCAUCGAGUCGCUGCAGAAGAACACCUUUGUGAUGGGUCCUCCCAAGGCGCAAAAACAUAAGUACUUGAUUCAACCGAAGGCCACCUCGUUCCGCAUGUACUACGACCGGGGUGAUCUGCCCAUCAAAAUGGAGUACCUUACUGGUGGGGACAAAAUCGCUUGGACCGUCGACAUCGACAAGCUCGACUACGGACUGUACCUGCCGUUGUUCUUCGAUGGGCUUUCGGAAACACGGCACCCGUACAAAACGUACGCCCGCCAGGGCGUUCAGGAUUUGCUUUCGCACGGAGGAGACAAAAUAUACCCCGUCAUACCGCAAUUGAUUAUACCGAUUAAGAAUGCCCUAAAUACCCGCAACAUCGAGGUCAUGUGCGUUACGUUGCGGAUCAUCCAGCAGCUGGUGAUGGCAUCGGAUCUCAUCGGGCCGGCCUUGGUGCCCUUCUACCGGCAGCUACUGCCAAUGUUCAAUGCCUACAAAGUGAAAAACAUCAACUCGGGCGACGCCAUCGACUACGGCCAGAAGAACAACAUGAACGUAGGCGACCUUAUCGACGAAACGCUGCAGGUCCUGGAACGCCACGGCGGCGAGGACGCUUUCAUCAACAUUAAGUACAUGGUGCCGACGUACGAAUCGUGCUAUCUGAACUAGAUGUGAUAGAUGUAGAGCUGAAGCAGGAUGGUGAAAGUUUAUUUCAUUUACGCAACACUCGUAUUCACGGAUAACAUAACGGCUGCAUGGAUGCAAUAGUAGUGAAACGUAAGUAAAAAGCGAUAGAAAGUAGAAAAGUGCCAAAUUAGUCUAGCCAAAUGGAUAGCUUAAACCGAUAGGGAUAGGAAAACAACUUUCGGAACUUCAUACCAUGUCGUUUUAGCUAAUGUAGGAUAGGAAUCAGUACUCGUUGUUACGAAGCUAUCGUUUGUAGCAAUGAGAGAUAUUACACUGCAACAAUUAAAUCAACACAUAUAGAAUGUCUACAUUCGGUGAAAAACGGAAUCAUUUAUUCAAGCAUUACCAACUUUUCUUAAAUGUCAGCUUUGUUAUGAAAUUUCUCAAUUUUCUACGACAGUUUAGAUCACGCGUUCUAAGAAUAUACUCCAAAUAAAUAAAUUUAUUUCGCUCCUCUUCUACUGAUUUUUCUCGCUACUAGUAAUAUUACAUAAAUUGUUUCGCCGCAUCGCAUCGUUCUUUGUGUUCUAGAGUUUUUUUUUUUUAUCAGUGAUGACAUAUUGCCCUUUUAAAUACUUGAUAGCCUUCUUUGACGCUUCUCAAGACAUAUCAGAGUGGUAACAAAAAAA